GGUGGGAGGGCUUCGCUCACUUUGGUGAAUAACUGCCCUGCGUUCAUCUCCCGGGAGGCGAAAAUUGGCAGAAUCGCUGCUUACGGCAUUACCAGGCCGUAGAGACCUUCCGGAAUCUCCACCUUGUCCAGGAAAGCAGCUCUCAUCUUAUGCCAAGAUGUCAGGAAUUGGAAACAAAAGAGCGGCUGGAGAGCCUGGUACAUCUGUGCCUCCGGAGAAGAAGACAGCUGUUGAAGAUUCAGGGACCACGGUGGAAACCAUUAAACUAGGGGGUGUCUCUUCAACGGAGGAGUUAGAUAUUCGAACCCUGCAAACCAAAAAUCGCAAGCUGGCAGAAAUGCUGGAUCAACGGCAGGCCAUUGAAGAUGAACUCCGGGAACACAUUGAAAAACUAGAACGCCGGCAGGCCACUGAUGAUGCCUCACUAUUGAUUGUCAACCGGUACUGGAGUCAGUUUGAUGAAAACAUCCGCAUCAUCCUUAAACGUUACGAUCUGGAGCAGGGUUUGGGAGACCUCCUCACAGAGAGAAAAGCCCUUGUUGUUCCUGAACCGGAACCAGACUCUGAUAGCAAUCAAGAACGUAAAGAUGACCGAGAAAGAGGGGAAGGGCAAGAGCCAGCUUUCUCUUUCCUUGCUACUUUGGCCAGCAGUUCCAGUGAAGAGAUGGAGUCUCAACUGCAGGAGCGUGUGGAGUCCUCCCGCAGAGCUGUGUCCCAGAUUGUGACCGUCUAUGACAAAUUGCAAGAAAAAGUGGAGCUCUUAUCCCGCAAGCUAAACAGUGGAGAUAAUCUGAUAGUGGAGGAAGCAGUGCAGGAGCUGAAUUCCUUCCUUGCUCAAGAGAAUAUGAGGCUUCAGGAAUUGACAGACCUCCUUCAGGAAAAACAUCAUACCAUGUCUCAGGAGUUCUCCAAGUUGCAGAGUAAAGUGGAGACAGCUGAGUCACGAGUGUCUGUCCUGGAGUCCAUGAUUGAUGACCUACAGUGGGAUAUUGACAAAAUUCGAAAGCGGGAACAGCGACUCAACCGACACUUAGCAGAAGUCCUAGAACGGGUGAAUUCAAAAGGUUAUAAGGUAUAUGGAGCAGGGAGCAGUCUCUAUGGUGGCACCAUCACUAUCAAUGCCCGGAAGUUUGAGGAAAUGAAUGCAGAGCUUGAGGAGAACAAAGAGUUGGCUCAGAACCGUCACUGUGAACUGGAGAAACUUCGGCAAGACUUUGAGGAGGUCACUACACAAAAUGAAAAGCUAAAGGUGGAAUUGCGGAGUGCUGUGGAAGAAGUGGUUAAGGAAACUCCAGAGUACCGCUGCAUGCAGUCACAGUUCUCGGUCCUCUACAACGAGAGCCUACAGUUGAAAGCACACUUGGAUGAGGCUCGGACCCUGCUUCAUGGCACCAGGGGAACCCACCAACGCCAGGUUGAGCUCAUUGAGCGAGAUGAGGUUAGUCUUCAUAAGAAGCUGAGGACUGAAGUGAUCCAGCUAGAAGAUACCCUGGCCCAGGUCCGGAAAGAGUAUGAAAUGCUGAGAAUAGAAUUUGAACAAACCCUCGCUGCCAAUGAACAAGCAGGCCCUAUAAACCGGGAGAUGCGCCAUCUCAUCAGUAGCCUCCAGAAUCACAAUCACCAGCUGAAGGGGGAGGUCCUGAGGUAUAAGCGGAAACUGAGAGAAGCCCAGUCUGACUUAAAUAAGACACGUCUGCGUAGUGGCAGUGCUCUCCUACAGUCUCAGUCUAGUACUGAGGACCCGAAGGACGAGCCUGCAGAGCUAAAACAAGACUCUGAAGAAUCAUCCACCCAGUCCUCAGCAUCCAAGGCAUCUCAGGAGGAUGUCAAUGAAAUGAAAUCCAAACGGGAUGAGGAAGAGCGAGAACGAGAAAGGCGAGAGAAGGAGAGGGAGAGAGAAAGAGAACGGGAGAAGGAAAAGGAGAGAGAACGCGAAAAACAAAAACUGAAAGAGUCAGAGAAAGAGCGAGAUUCUGCUAAGGAUAAAGAGAAAGGAAAACACGAUGAUGGAAGGAAAAAAGAAGCAGAAAUUAUCAAACAAUUGAAGAUUGAACUCAAGAAGGCACAGGAGAGCCAGAAGGAGAUGAAACUGUUACUAGAUAUGUACCGCUCUGCCCCAAAGGAACAGAGAGACAAAGUUCAGUUAAUGGCAGCCGAGAAGAAGUCGAAGGCAGAGUUGGAAGAUCUAAGGCAGAGACUCAAAGAUCUAGAGGACAAAGAAAAGAAAGAGAACAAGAAGAUGGCUGAUGAAGAUGCCUUGAGGAAGAUUCGGGCAGUAGAGGAGCAGAUAGAAUAUCUGCAGAAGAAGCUGGCCAUGGCUAAGCAGGAGGAAGAAGCUCUUCUUUCUGAGAUGGAUGUCACAGGCCAGGCCUUUGAAGACAUGCAGGAGCAAAAUAUCCGUUUGAUGCAGCAGUUACGGGAGAAGGAUGAUGCAAAUUUCAAGCUCAUGUCAGAGCGAAUCAAGUCCAAUCAGAUCCAUAAGUUACUUAAAGAAGAGAAGGAGGAGCUGGCAGACCAAGUUUUGACUCUGAAAACUCAGGUUGAUGCACAGUUACAGGUCGUAAGGAAACUAGAAGAGAAGGAGCAUCUGUUACAGAGCAACAUCGGCACAGGGGAGAAGGAGCUGGGUCUUAGGACUCAAGCCUUAGAGAUGAAUAAACGCAAGGCGAUGGAGGCAGCCCAGCUUGCAGAUGACCUCAAAGCACAACUGGAGAUGGCUCAGAAAAAACUACACGAUUUUCAGGAUGAGAUCGUGGAGAACAGUGUCACCAAAGAAAAGGACAUGUUCAAUUUCAAACGAGCCCAGGAGGACAUCUCUAGACUUCGAAGGAAGCUGGAAACCACAAAGAAACCAGAUAAUGUGCCCAAAUGUGAUGAGAUUCUAAUGGAGGAGAUUAAGGAUUAUAAGGCACGCUUGACCUGUCCAUGCUGCAACAUGCGUAAAAAGGAUGCUGUACUUACCAAGUGUUUUCAUGUUUUCUGCUUUGAGUGUGUGAAGACACGCUAUGACACCCGCCAGCGCAAGUGUCCCAAGUGUAAUGCUGCUUUCGGUGCCAAUGACUUCCAUCGUAUCUACAUUGGGUGAUCGAAGAUGAGAGAAGAAGAGGAAUUGGCUAGACAGGCACUUAUUCAUUGACCACCGAACCUCUACCUCCUCUCUCCUUAACUGUCACCCACAGGACAGUUUUGACUUGUCAACUACCUUGCCCCACAGACUUUAUGUCCAGGCUCCUGUCUCUAAUAGCUAGAUGGCCUUAGGGGGAAAGAACUGGUAAAUGUGAGUCUUGAGUUUUAGAAUGAAUUAGAAACAAACAAUCUUCCCUGCCGGCUUUGUUUAUUUUCUGUCUCUUUCCAACAUAAUCUUCUUCAGACCAACUGUAUAAUCUUGGAUUGUCCAUUCCUCUUGAAGAAGUCAAGUUGGUAUUUUUAAUAUUGAGAAGGGAACAAAGAGUAGAAACCUGGCUAUUUUGGGGGAGUGAUCUUUUAGAAAUAAGCUAUUUAUGGGCACAUACUUUUCGUAUUUUGUGUAGUAAACUUUUUGUAACCUUGGAUUAUAAAAUGGUACAAUUGUGCUAUUCUUUCCUAGAUGGUUUGAAGCCUUAAUGAAAUUAUAUCCAGGAUGAUUUAAUCCAUUUCCAUUUACUAGCAAAGUAACUUGUUAAGAUCAGCUGGCUUCCUUGUUAAAGUUAUUUAAAUUUUGAAUGUUCAUCUACUUUAAAGCCUUUAAAUUUCUUGAGGCCAGAAUAAUCUCAAAUAAUAUAGCCCUUUUGUCUUCUAAUGAAAUCAAGAUGGGAAAGAUGGUAGAAUAGGACUAAGAAGAUGAAGAAGUCUUCUGGGUACUCAGAACCUGAUAUAGAGAGGCCUGGGUGAGUUAUGAAUUACUCUCAUUUUCCUCUCCACAGGGAUUGUUGUAAUUCCUGGUUUCCAGAAGAUUCUCUGUAAUGGUUCUGCAGGACUUUAUAUUCCACAAACUUCAAUUAAAAGCAGGAUUCAAUUUGC